CCUAACAUUGGAUAACUUUAAUGUAACCUGUAAUAAACAGAAUAUUUGUGCUGCGAUGGGGACAUGGGUGACAGUGAGGUGUGAUUACUCAAACAUCAACAUCAAAACUGGGUUCUGGUUCAGUCAGAAACAGAGAACAAACUGGAGAAACAAAGAUGAACCUGAAGAUUUGACUUUAGAUUCAGAUUACUCAGGACGAGUGAAGCAGUGGAUCACUAAAAAUUACUCAGAGCUCACAAUAUCAGAUGUGAGAGAGAGAGACAGUGGAGAAUAUCAGCUCAUGAUCAUUAUGAAGGAUGGAGUUAAACAUCUCAGCUCAGUCACAGUCAAUCUAACAGUUUCAGUUUUACAGGUGAAGAUGAAUCCUGAAUCUACAGGACAGCGAGUAAAACUGAGCUGUGAUUCCUCCUGCCCUUUAACAUCUGAAUAUAAUUACCACUGGUACAAGAAUGGACAACAUUUAACAAAUAACCAAAACAUAUUUGUGUCAUCCAGUGAAAACACUGACAGUUAUUCCUGCUCUGAGUCUGAUUCAGAUCCCUCUUCAUCUAUUUGUCUUUCUAACAGUAGCUGUUGGGGUGUGACUUACACCUCUAGAAGAGUUUGUGCUUUAGUGGGAUCAACAGUAAAUAUUCACUCUUCAUACUCACAUCCCACUGGAUAUACAGUAAAUAAAACAUACUGGCAUUACUAUCAUCACGGGGAACUCAGUGAUCUGCGUGAGGAUCAUCAGUUUUCUGGUCGUGUGGAGUUUGUGGGAAACACACUGAGAGUCAAAGACGUCAGCACAAAUGACACUGGAAUAUAUCGAUUCAGCAUCAUCACUAACACAUCAGAUGAAGUUUUUGGUUCACAUGGAGUCGAUCUUACUGUAACAGGUACACGAGUGAAAAGCAGUCCAGACCCUGUGAUAGAUGGAGAAAAAGUGAUAUUAAGCUGUUCAACUGAAUGCACUCUGGAUAACAAACAUACUUACAUCUGGUAUAAGAAUGGACAACAGGUAACAGAUGGAUUGACAUUUUUAAACAAGCUGUACCUGGACUCAAUCAACAGUGAGGAGCUACAAGAGUAUUCCUGUACUGUAAGAGAGAUAUGACACACCCUGAACUUGUGGACUUCCUCAGAGUCGACACGUUGAUGACAUCAUGUAGUGCAGACUUUAGGGAUACUUGCACACAAGGGCACACCAGAGCCGUGUUUUGGAACAGACUCGAGCGUCAUGCCGAAAAUAAGAAGAGAAGUUGCCCAUCAGUGUGUCUGAUGUAAAUGAGCUUUUUUAUUAAACUGUCACAGCUCCAGAUUGUCUGCCAGCCUUUAAGCUCAUUUACACGCUGCUUAUUUUUAGACCCACAUGAGUUGCAUUGGAAAGUCUGAAAGGAAGUUUUGCAUCAUCUAAAUUUAACACUUUUUACAGGUUUUAAAUUAAUUACAUUAAUUUCUUAACAGUUUCCCUAAAGUUCAAUGUAGAAAAUAUAAAACAUAUGCAGAUUAUUUCUGUCUC